AUGAACAAAACAGAUCAUGCGAGAAAGUGUCCAGCAAUUUAUUUUAGAGCGGCAGUAGGGACUAAUUGUCACCACAACGCCCGGUUUAAAGGAUAUGGAGAUGUCGUUCCAGUGACUGGCGCCGGCAAAGCAUUCUGCGUAUUAUACUCAGCUAUCGGCAUCCCACUCUGCGUGCUAUACAUGGGCGGUGUCGGCAGUCUCCUUGCCCAAGUCAUCCUAACCCUCUGCCGUAUCCUCAAGAUCGGGCAGCCCAUCACCAGAGCCAUCUGCUGCUGCUGCAACAAGAACAAACAUGACGACAAGAAGUACGACUUAGGAAGAGGAGGCAGCGUGGAGCUUGAAGAGAAGCAAAGCAUGUCGUCAAUGAAGAAGAAGAAGAAGAAAGAUAAGACUGGCGACUCGGAGGAUGCGGGAGUUGUGACACGCCAGCAUAAUAUCGAAGCUGGGGAACCAGACUACCAAGAUGAAAUGGAGGCACCAGUUCUCCUAGUCCUGGCCAUCCUCAUAGGCUACAUGUGUGCUGGGGCGUUCAUCAUGUCACGCAUCGAGGAGUGGACAUUUGGAGAUGCACUGUACUUCACCUAUAUUACUCUGACCACUAUUGGGUUUGGAGAUUACGUGCCCAUGAUGCUGUAUAAGGAUGACGCGUACAUUGUGUGUGUUAUCUAUGGUCUAUUCGGGCUUGCUGUUAUGUCUAUGUCCAUCACAUUGGUCCAGGCUAAAGUCAGGCGGCUUGGUAAUCGUUUCUGGGACUGUAUCGGGUUCUAAAAUGUAUAGACACGAGUGAAAUACUUUUAGUUUGACUUUGACAUUGAAAUCCGGAUCAAUUAUGUCCAAGGUUUUUUUUGUAAUGUGCUUUAGGACAGCUUCAGUAAUGCACCUCUAAAUAAAGCUAGGGAUAAGCCUACCUUUAAAAUACACAAAAUAUGAAAUAGUUUAGUUGAAAAAAAGAAAACAUGUAGCUUUGUGAAUCUAGCGCCCAGAUACUUUAUUCGCACAAAAAAAACUCACUCGUCGUCAAAUCAAGACAAAUCAAGUUUUUUU